AUGUCAACCAACUUGCAAUCCCGUUCUGCAUCCGUUUCUAACGGCUCAGGAUCAAACAAGUCUACCGGGUUGCGCUCAGCAUCUAUUGGAAGCUCCAACUUCUUUAAUAAGGACGGGCUGUCCUUCUUCAACUUGGAUCAUUCUGGCUCUGCCGAUGAUCUGUUGCCUGAAAUCAAGGAAAAAGCCUUCACUCAAGAAACUCACGUUCCAUCGGAGUUGGAUAUUGUUGGUGCUCUCGGAACUUUGAACUUGGACGAGGACUUCGAAGAGGGCAGUGGCCCUAAAAGCCCAAACUCCUCAACUUCUUCUAAGGAACCACCAAAGUCAUCCACACCAUUUGCUCAACCACAGAUUUUGCAGAAUGUCAUGGCCCCUCACCCCCCUCCAAAUCACCAGGGCUCCUUGACUCCUCAACCUGCCCCUGUGACAGGUUUUGGAUCUGCCUCUGCUGUGCCAGCUUCUUUGAACACCACUCCGUCAAAUUCAUGGAGUAAUGUGUACGUGCCACUUUCUGCUCCUCCAUUUGCUUUCCCUGUUGAGGACAAAUCUGCCGAAAUGGCCAUGCGUGUCACCCCUCUCGAGCUUCCAGAUGGAAAGCCCGAGGAUGCUCAGUUGAAUCCUGGAGCAGGUCUCACUCAUGCCUCCGGCAAUGAAGCUUCUGGUCCUCAGCAAGGGAUGAUGAAUAUGUCUCCUCAACCUUUGCAUCCCCUUGGUGGAGUCUUGGAUUCUCGAUUUGCGUUUGGAAACUUCUUCAAUAUGUCUGGUAUGAACUUUAAUCCUGACAGCCAGGUUAGCGGCGAGAAAGACAAUCAGUCAUUCCCAGAAGGCGCGUCUAUCAAAGACAAGAAGAAUCACCUGCCCUUCGAUGUUGCUGGCUCAGAUCCAUCUGCGCUUCCUCAUAUGGGUAUGCCUACAAUGUGGAACCAACAUCCCCAAUUUGUCAACCCUCAAUUUCUUUCUGGUAGAGGCCAAAAUGUUGAUGCUCGUAUGAUGCCUAGCCCUAUCGGGCAGUUCGAAGGCGGCCAGCCCAACUUCGUAAAUGCCAACACCCAAAAUCGUUUUAAAGACAAUGGGUACUCGAACUAUCCCAACAACUCUCUCGGAUCAGUGAACCCUGGAAACAACCAACAAAGGAAUCAUAGCGGAAACCACGGAAGUUCGGGAAAUUAUUCUAACCGUCGGAACUACAAUAUGAGCUCCGGUGUCAACGUUCACCGAAAGAUGCACAACUCCAACAGAAGAAAGGGCGACGAUGCGUCGAAGUAUGCAAAUGCUAAGUUGGAAGACUUUACGGGCGACAUUUACUCAUUGUGUAAGGACCAGCAUGGCUGUCGCUUCUUACAAAGGCAGUUGGAUUUGGGAAAGGAGGCCGCCCAGAAAAAUAAUAAGGGCGGUGCUUUGAUGACUAAUGAUGUUGCUGCAACUGUAAUUUUUAAUGAGAUCUAUUUAAAGGUUGUUGAAUUAAUGACCGAUCCUUUCGGGAAUUAUUUGAUCCAAAAGCUUGCUGAAAAUGUGUCCCCCGAUCAAAGACUCAUCCUUGUGAAGAAUGCCGCGCCUGAAUUUGUGAGGAUUGCUUUGGACCCUCACGGAACCAGGGCUUUGCAGAAGCUCGUUGAAUGCAUCUCAACUCCGGAGGAGAUCCAACAUGUCAUCGAAAGCUUGGCGCCUCACAUUGUGACUUUGUCGAGAGACUUGAACGGAAACCAUGUCGUGCAAAAGUGCUUGCAGAAGUUAAGUCCCGACCAUAAUCUGUUUAUUUUUGACACAACAUCAGCCCACUGUACCGAUAUUGCAACCCACAGGCAUGGCUGCUGUGUCUUGCAGAGAUGCUUGGAUCACGGAAAUGACGACCAGCGCAAACAGUUGUCUCUAAAGGUUGCCGAGAAUGCGACCAGAUUGGCUUCUGAUCCGUUUGGUAAUUACGUCGUACAAUAUGUACUUUCAAGAGGCGAUGCAGAAUCGAUCGAGAUCAUUUUGGAUCACAUCAAAUCCAACAUCAUCGCCUUGUCGCUCCAUAAAUUUGGGUCUAAUGUGAUUGAAAAAUCCUUGAGAAUCGAUGCUUUGACUGAUCGCGUUAUGGAGGUUCUUUUGAAUAAGAGCGACAAGUUCCCUCUGUUGUUGAAUGAUCCUUAUGGCAACUACGUACUUCAGACAAGUUUGGAUGUCGCAAGCAGCACGGACUUAGCAAAGUUGGCGAUAUCUUUGCAACCACUCUUGCCAGGCAUCAAAAAUACCCCACACGGCAGACGCAUCAUGACUAAGAUUCAGAAUAUUCUCUAG